UUUUAAUAUGAGACUUUUAGUCAUCAUCUUUAUGCUCUCAUUUAUAUCUAUAGCAUAUGCAGGUGCUAAUUGUGUUUAAGCAUUCUGUUCAAAAGAAGUUGCAGAAUGUCGAUCAGAUGAAACUUGCCAACAACAUAUCUCUAAAUGCUCAAAUGAAUUUAGAAAGAAAGUUGGUAGUGCUUAAAAAACUGGAGCUUAUAAAGGAACUGAACAUGCCUUAGAUGAUGUAAUAAGAUUUUAUCUAUUUUAUUAGUAUAAUUAUUGUAUGCGUACUCACUAAAAAGCAAGAGCAAUUAAUGACUGUUAAGCUAGGCAUUGUCUUAAGAAGAACUUAAUUGGAAUUGACAUUGAAAUUGAAAAUCUUCAGACUAUCAUUGCAUGAUUAGAAUAACACUAGGCGUUU